GCCGAGGCCGAGGUUGCCGCCCUGAACCGUCGUAUCGUGCUUGUGGAGGAGGACCUGGACAGGACUGAGGAUCGCCUGAAGACCGUCACCGCCAAACUCGAAGAAGCAUCACAGGCCGCUGAUGCCGCCGAACGAGGACCUGAGAGGGCUGAGGAGAAGCUGAAGAUUGCCACCGAGAAGCUCGAGGAGACCACCCAUUCCGUUGAUGAGAGCGAGCGCGUGCGCAAGGUGAUGGAGAACCGCGCGAUCCAAGACGAAGAACGCGCCGGAUCGAUUGAGAGCCAGCUCAAGGAGGCCCAGCUGCUCGCCGAGGAGGCUGACCGCAAAUACGAUGAGGUUGCCCGCAAGCUGGCCAUGGUUGAGGCCGAUCUCGAGAGAGCCGAGGAGCGCGCUGAGGCCGGAGAGAACAAGAUCAUCGAGCUGGAGGAGGAGCUGCGAGUGGUGGGCAACAACCUCAAGUCGCUGGAGAUGAACGAGGAGCGAGCCCUCGAGAAGGAGCAACAGUUCCAGGAGCUCGUCGUCCAAAUUGAGGAGAAGCUCAAGGAGGCCGAGUCUCGCGCCGAGUUCGCCGAGCGCUCCGUGCAGAAGCUGCAGAAGGAGGUCGACCGGCUCGAGGACGAGCUGGUGCACGAGAAGGACAGGUACAAGAACAUCUCCGAGGAGCUCGACCAGACCUUCCAGGAGCUGUCCGGCUAU